AGGUCAGCCCCGGCCGGCCCCACCGGUUCUCCCAGGCUGGCCCCUUCGUGGCCCCGGGGGGACAAAGGUGGCAGGGUCAGCCCCGGCGGGGCGCCAGCCCGGCGUUAGCGCUCAGCCCUCGGUGCAGCCCGGGAAGGUGCCGGUGGCCCCUGUGAGGCUGCUCGGCGGCGGCGCCGUGGCGGGGCCGGGGCGCUCCGGGAGGGCAGCUGGUGGCCGAGGCUGCGGCUGGGCCCGGGGAGCGGCAGCCGCCGGGGCAGGAGGGGCUGUGCCCUCCCUCGGGGCUGGCGGGGGGCUGCGGGGAGAAGGAGCUGCCUGACGCCGCUCGGCUGGAUGGCUCCGCGGUGGCGGCUGGUGGCCGGGGGCUUCAGGAGGAGCUGGGCCCCCCGCGAUGCCCCACCGCGGCGCUGUGACCUGCUGCGGCAGCGGUACCGACCCCGGCUGGAAGCAGCAGCCUGGAGGGAGAGCCGAGGCGUGGACCUGAUUUCUGUCACUGCAGGAAAGCCACCCCGCAGAAAGAGGAGUGAUGUGGGGCCGGUCCUCAGGCAGCGUCUGGCCCACAAAGGGUUACACCAGGCACCCUGGAGUGACACCGCUGCCACCAGCCCUGGAGCUCAGCUCCUUCCUGGUCGGAUCCGAGGCUCGGCCAAAGCGGGAUUGAGGAAGGGGCCGGUGGCUGCAAAGAGGACCCGGAGCCGGUCUGUGCCCCUGGCCGCUGGGCAGGGUCUGCUGCGCUGGCUGGCCGCUGCGGUCGCCCUCCCUCGCUUGCGCUGGCGGGUGACCGCCAUGGAGGAGAUGUUGAUCUGGGAGCAGCACACGGUGACACUGAGCAAGGAUCCUCAACGGGGCUUUGGCUUCGCUGUCUCUGGAGGCCGGGACCGUCCCAACAAGACAACUGGGGAGACAGCAGUGAUUGUUUCAGAUGUGGUGUCCGGGGGACCAGCAGUGGGCCGGCUCCAGAGGAAGGAUCACAUUGUGAUGGUGAAUGGCCUUUCCAUGGAGAACGUCUUGUCCUCCUUCGCCAUCCAGACACUGAAAACCUGCGGCAAGAUUGCCAACAUCACACUGAAAAGACCAAAGAAAGUCCACCUCCCUGUGAGCAAGAGCAGCCCCAGCUCCCCCACUGCCCCCCGACACUAUGACUCGGAUGAGGACUAUGGGUCACAUGCUGCAGAUCCAGCCCUUCACCGCUCCCGGGAUGACCUGGACCACAGCCAGGGCUACGAUGGGGACUCAUCCAGUGAGAGGAGCUCUGGCCACUACCAGGAUGACAGCCGCCACCACAAGCCGGUGUCCCGGAGCCGGAGGCGAAGCCAGGACAGCAGUCACUGGAGGCAGAGCGGCAGUGGCUCAGGUCAGAGGGGCUACAGCCGGCACCGCUCCACCAACAGCUUCGGCCACAAAGGGGACACCAACGGGCUGGCCCUGGUGUCAGGCUUCAAGCGGCUGCCGCGCCGGGAUGUGCCGACAAAGCCCAUCACGUCGGUCUUGGUGAAACAGAAGCAGAGUGAAGAGUAUGGCCUGAAGCUGGGGAGUCAGCUUUUCAUCAAGCACAUAGUGGAGAGCGGGCUGGCAGCGAAGGGCAGCUCCUUGCAGGAGGGAGACCUUAUCCUGAAGAUCAAUGGGGUGGCCAGUGAGGACAUGUCCCUGGCUGACACGCAGCAGCUCAUUGAGCAGACAGAGGGGACCCUGACCUUGCUUAUUCUUCGGGACGACCGGCAGUUCCUGGUCAACAUCCCUGACAUAGAAGACAGCCAAAGCGACAGCUCCCGGAUGGAUGAUAUCUCUGACAUUGACUCUGAACUGUCUCACCCACCAUCCCCUGAGACCUCUGCGCGACCCCCAGCUGCUGCCAUGAUGAAUUCCCCGCCGGAGAGGAGACGAUCAAACAGGGACCCUGUGGCCGACACGAUCGUUGACAGCGCUCAGGACCCUGACCUGCUGGAAGCUGUGGAGGGGGAUGGCAGCCACGCUCCCCACACCAGCCCCGCUGCCCGAGCUGCCCGCAAGGAUGGGUACAGCGCUGACUCCAGGGUCGUGCACUUUGUGAAGGCCAAGAGCAUUGGGCUACGGCUGGCAGGGGGGAACGACGUGGGCAUCUUUGUGUCCAGCGUGCAGGAGGGGAGCCCAGCCGACAGCCAGGGCAUCCAGGAAGGGGAUCAAAUCCUGCAGGUAAACACCACCAGUUUCCAGAACCUGACCCGUGAGGAGGCCGUGGAGUAUCUCAUGAGCCUGCCACCCGGUGAGGACAUCACGCUGUGGACCCAGAGCAAGCAGGACAUUUACAGGAAGGUGAUCUCGUCCAACACGGGUGACUCGUUCUACAUCCGGACACACUUUGAUUUUGAAAAGGACACACCGUCAGGGCUCAGCUUCGUCCGUGGGGACGUCUUCCACGUGCUGGACACCAUGUACCGGGGCAGGCUGGGGAGCUGGCUGGCUGUGCGCAUGGGCAGGGACCUGCAGGAGCAGGACAAGGGCAUCAUCCCCAACCGGAGCAGAGCCGAGCAGAUCGCCAGCCUGGAGUCGGUGCUGAAAGCCACAUCUGGUGCCAACCCCUCCGGGGCACGGGCUGAGUUUUGGAAGCUGCGGGGCCUGCGGGGAGCCAAGAAGAUGCUGCGGAAGAGCCGGGAGGACCUGUCUGCCCUCACGAAGCAGGGCUGCUACCCACCGUAUGAGAGGGUAGUCCUGAAGGAAGCCAGCUUCAAGCGGCCGGUGGUGAUCCUGGGCCCCAUCGCAGACAUUGCCAUGCAGAAGCUUAGCACGGAGCUGCCCGAGCUGUUCGAGAUUGCCCUGAGCGUGCCUCGAGACGGGGCAUCAUCCAAGGUCAUCAAGUUGGAUUCAGUGCGGCAGAUCGCAGAAAAGGACAAACAUGCCUUGUUGGACAUCACACCUUCGGCUGUGGAGCGUCUCAACUACGUGCAGUACUACCCGGUGGUGGUGUUCUGCGAGCCGGAGAGCCGGCAGGGCAUCAAGGCCAUGCGCCAGUGGCUGGCACCUGACUCCAGGAAAAGCUCCCGGCGCCUCUACGUCCAGGCCAACAAGAUGAAGAAGCAUUGCAGCCACCUCUUCACUGCCACAGUCAGCCUCAGCGGCAGCGGCAACACCUGGUACGAGACGAUCAAGAACAUCAUCAGGACGCAGCAAAGCCAGCCCAUUUGGACAGCGGUGGAGCAGGCAGAUGUGGCACCGGAGGACAGUCUGGACCUGCUGAACCCGCCAAGCGCAGCAGCCUCAGGCUACCUGACCUGUGACAGUCAAGCCAACAGCGACUACGAUGACACGGAUGGCGAGGCAGGUGCCUACACUGACGGUGAAGCAGAGGACGCCUAUGACCAGCCAGGGCUGGCCCGCUCCUCCGAGCCAGCACAGGUGUCCCCAAGCGAUGAUCUGAGGGAGCAGGUGGGUGUGACCAAGCAGCAGCAGCAGCAGGGCCAGCGUUACGACAGCAUCAGGGAAUACGAGCAUGAUGCCGUGAGGAAGAGGUUCACACGGGCCAGGGAUGACUCGGACCAGGAUGAAGGCUACGAGUGGGGCCCAGCUACAGAUGUGUAGCGGCACCCCUGGCUUCUGUCCCACUGGGACCCAGACCCUUUAGGCAAGCCCUGCUGCAGCCUUGUGCCACCAGCUCCAUGUGACAGCCCAGGUGGUGCCACAGCACCCCACAGCCAGGCUGGGGGGUUGGGGCUAAUCCUGCUGUACCCCUCACCACCAAGUGCCUCCUUUCCCCUUUUGGCUAUGGCUGCUGCUGCUGGAAUAAAAGGGAUGUUUUGAUGGGGA